AUGCCUUCACACGACGACCUGUCAGUCGGAGAUGUGUUCGCGCCGCAGGCCGACAGCGAACAAUCCGUCAUUGAAGGCCCAGCCAAUCACAGCCGCCCCGAUGCACACAUGGAUGUCUCGACCCUCAAGGCCAAGGGAUCUACCCUGGCAAACCCGGCCCUGAACCCCGAUCUGCUCCCGAAGCAACGGCGCAGGAAUAAGAAAAGGACCGAGGCACCCGUUGCGGCUUGCGCUACCGUCCACGGAUUUGCACCGCUCGCUUCCGGCGACGAGGAGUCGGAUUUCUCUGCCGCUAGCUCCCGUGCGCCUUCUCGCCCUCCGACUGCGUUGGGUAGUGCGAGUCCUCUGGCGCAACCAUCUAACGGCCAUGGAGUCAGCGCGCUGAAGCUGCAGCUUAGCACUUUGAACCUGUCCGACACAGCAGAGGUCAGCGAGCUGGUCUCCCAGACUCCCAGCAUUGCGAGUAUUUGCUCCGACAGCGAUCAAACCGAGAUCUUGACUAGCUAUGAAAUCCCGCUGGACCAAGACUUUGUGAGCUCUGACGCGGUGCAACCGGAGGAUCUGAACGCGGGUGUUUCCGGUAUGAAUUCGGAUCUGCGCAGCCAGCUUUGCCGAAAGAUGACCGCCGACGACUUUGUGCCUAUCCUGUGUCUGGGCAAGGGGUCAUUCGGAACUGUUCUCCUUGUGCGCCAUGUAGUUACGGGCAAAUUGUAUGCGCAGAAGCAGUUCCGCAAGGCAUCGAUCACCGUUCACAAGAAGCUAGUCGAACAGACCAAGACAGAGCGGACGAUCCUGGAAAGCGUCAAUCGACACCCCUUCGUUGUCAAGCUCUUCUACGCCUUCCAGGACCACGAAAAGCUCUACCUGAUUCUCGAGUACGCGCAGGGCGGCGAACUCUUCCACCACCUGGCGAUGGAGCGCAUGUUCCAGGAAGAUGCUGCUGCCUUCUACAUGGCAGAGAUGGUCCUCGCCCUCGAGCACCUCCACCAGAACGUCGGCGUCCUCUACCGCGAUCUGAAGCCCGAGAAUUGUCUCCUGGACGCACAAGGUCAUCUUCUCCUUACGGACUUCGGACUCAGCAAAAUCGCCCUCGGAGACGACGACCGCUGCAACUCCCUCCUCGGCACAAUCGAGUACAUGGCUCCUGAAGUCAUCCAGGGCAAACCCUACGGCAAAGCUUGUGACUGGUGGUCCCUCGGCGCUCUGGGCUACGAUCUCCUCACUGGCGCGCCUCCCUUCCGCGCAAACAACAACGCCAAGCUCCAGGAGAAGAUCGUCAAGCAGAAACUGAUGCUCCCUUACUUCCUUGGCCCGGACGCCAAAGAUCUCCUUACCAGACUCCUCCGCAAGGAUCCCUCCAAACGUCUCGGCUACCACAUGCAGAAAGACCUCCAGACUAUCAAGAAGCAUCGCUUCUUCCGGAAAAUCGACUGGGCUGCCCUUGAGCGCCGUGAGCUGGACCCGCCUAUCCAGCCUGUCGUGACGGACCCUGCGCUGGCGGAGAACUUCUCGGUUGACUUUACGCAGUUGCCGCUUAGUCCGACCUUCACGGGCACUGGCUUUGAUGAGUACUAUGCCAACGGCAAGGAUUGUCCCGAGGGUAAUGAAGAGGGAUUGGGUGUUGAAGAGAGCAAUCCCUUUGGUGGAUUCAGCUAUGUUGCCUCGAGUAGCCUGCUAGACCAUGGGCUUGGCGUUAUGACUGCUGGUUAUUGA